GUAUGCACAUCUAUGGGAUGUUUUAAUGGGGUCAGAGCGGCUGGUCAGUCACGGGAUUGCCGGUCCAGGGUAGGGGUUGUAAGGAAACACCCAUUCUCUCCUCCCUUCCAUUCCUGGUACAUAAUUGGUCAGGUGCCCGCCAGUCACCAGGUCCCCACCCACUGAGUUCCUCUGGGCGUGAGGAGGAGAGAGAGCUUGUGAGCCAGCAGCUUGUGAGCUGUGCGCGAGGGCGUCUCGGCUGGUGCAAGCGAGGACAUCCUGGGCCGUGAGAAUAAGCCUCUUUGAUUCUCCACUGCUUUCGCUUGCUUUUCUUUGGUCUCAUCAAAUUCAUAGGGAAUUUGCCCCAGGUGGGGAGCCCCUCCUUCUGGAGCUGCAUCUGGCCAGCUCUAAACCAAAGAACUGGUUUGUUGAGCUUUCUUUUCAUAGCCAUCAAUGUCUGAAGCAGUUACUUAUGCAGAUCUAAACUUCCAGGACUCCAAUAAGACAGAAAAUAUCCAGAAGUUUGACAAAGGUGAGAUAAGAGCGCCUCCUGCUCCUCCCCAUGCCUGGCGUCACAGGGCCUUGGCUCUGACAGCUCUAUGCCUCCUGCUGCUGAUCGGACUGGGAGUCUUAGGAAGCAUAUUUUAUGUAACUUUGAAUAUAGAAAUGGGAAGAUUGAAUGAACUCCAGAAUUUCACAGAAGAACUUCAGAGAAAUGUUUCUUUACAACUGGAGCAUAACAUGGACAGUUCCAAGAAGAUCAGGGACCUCUCUGUCACUCUGCAAAAAAUAGCCACCAAAUUAUGUCAUGAGCUAUAUAGCAAAGAACCAGAGCACAAAUGUAAGCCUUGCCCCAAAGAGUGGCUGUGGCUUGAGGACAGCUGUUAUCUAUUUUUACCUAAGGAUUCUAAAACCUGGCAAGAGAGUAACAGGAUAUGUUCUGCUGAAAAUGCCAGCCUGUUGAAGAUUAAAAGUGAAAGUGUGUUGGAAUUCAUAAAAUCCCAGGAACUAAGUAGCUAUUGGCUGGGAUUAUCUCCCAGUAAAUAUAAAAAAGACUACCACGCUUUGGAUGAUAUAAUUGUCUCCUCUGACUGGUUUGUAAGAAACACAAAUGACUUAAAUGGUAAGAUGUACUGUGGAUAUAUAUAUUAUGAGGCUGUUUAUUACGCUGAGUGCACUAACAAAAACAGAAUUAUAUGUGAGAAGUUGGCUGACUCAGUGCAGAUUGACAGCACGCUACACUACUGAGUGAAGCACCAGAUGGAAGAAAAGUGUAAUUAGCACAAUUACUUUGAUUCAGCUGUUGUCCUAACAAUUAAAGGCAACUUUAGAGAGCAUACAUCUUGUGGACCACACAAAUGGAAUAAAGGCGCUGUGAGACUAAGUUUCUGCCUACAAUUUACAUUUUCAAACUUUCUUCUUUCUCCUCAUUUGCUGAGUGAAAGGAACCUAAAGCCAUACCUUAUCAUCCAGAUACAGGCCCAAUUGGAUGCUCUGGAAGAACAUACAGAAGAAAUUACUCAAAAUUAAAGAGAUAUGAAGAGCAUGGUAGACUCAGACAAUGAAGCCAAGUGAUCUAAUAUGUAAAUAAUAAGAGUCCAUAAAGAGGAAAAAGAACAGAUGUGAACAAGGAAAUAAUUAUAGGAUUAAUUAGAUACACUCUAGUACUGAGAAAUAGGGAGAAAAAUAAUUGCCAUUCACCCACCCUGAAUUCAGAAAA